CGCGUCGGCGACGCUUGCGGUCAAAAAUGGAGGCCGUGGCGGACAAUACCUACUACGAAAUUUGGAACGCCAGAUGGCAACCUUGGCUGCACCAGUUGAUCGACGACGCGGAAUGGCCAGUGAUAGACGCUCUUGCCCACACUGUUGGAACCUCUUGCUCUCCUUGCUAUCCGGAACAUCAGAAAGUCACGCUGUUCCCAUGCUCUUUCUUGGAUGUGGGUUGUGCCAGAGCGAGGCUGGAGAGAAGGUAACGGCAGCCAAGCAUGCUUACUGUAGUACAGGAACACCUGCUUAAGUAAUUUUUGUAAUACAAUAGCCAAGUAGUUCUUCUUGGUCACAGAAGAUAUGCUGGAAGUUUUUAGGUAGCUUGUGCUUGUCCUACUUUCAUCCCGGAAAUAGAAAUUGAGAAGUAUUAUCAAAGAUUUUGUUUCAUCCACCCGUAGUUUUUCUAACUACCGAAUAAGAAUCGUCGAAAUCGUUUCCUCAGUUUCAGCUUCACUCAUCAGGCUCCUUUCUAUCGCGCCACGUGAUGAAGACUUGCACUUCGUACACGUAGCAGAACAUAGAUUCGACACGCUGCCAGAAAUUCUCUUCGAUCUCUCAAACGAAAGCCCAGUCUUUGCAAAGAUUCUUGCAGACCUUGAUGAUCAUGAUGAUUAUCAUAAUCAUAUUUUUCUUGGCGAAGAUAGAAGCCAUUCUGCUUCUACAAAAGUCCCAGGUGGACAAGGUGAACAACUACAUGCUGACGUUCUGCGGGAAGAUGGUUUUGCGGCUGAUAGUGCUAUGGUUGGACUCGAGGACCAAGUAAGUAACAGAAUUACUUCCUCUGGCCAUCUUGUACAAUCCUCACGAACAAGCAGCAGACCUUGCAGACUAGUUCUUUUCCUUACUGCAGAUUUUCCUGCAGAAAGCUCGACUGGCGAAUGCGUUGCAUCCGAUUUUUUUGAGUUGCUGCAUAAGAUCUCGGCAGUACUUGGCAUCUCAGUGAAAGUGUUGCAUGUUGGCUCUUCUGUACUGCCAAGAUACGAAGACACGCAUCACAUGAGGCUUCGACAGCUCUGGUACGGUGCACCCGAAAAGUUCGAGACACAUUAUUGGGAACGACCUGAUAACGCUUUUUCGAGAGUGGAGCAAGUGGGUUCUUCUACAUCAAUAGCUGGAAGGACCGCUGUGUCAGUGCUAGAAGACCAAGAAGACGGACAAGGAAGUGGACAGGCUCUUCUUCAGUCCUCCUCAUCAUCUUCUUCAUCUUCGUCGUCCUCCUCCUGGGCUGCAACCGUCACCGCAUCAUCAAGCUCAUCUGCAGCAAGCGCUAGCGCUCCCUCUACGAAAGUUUGCGCGUUUUGUCUGCCAUCCGACCGCAGACAGGAGUUGGUGCGCGACAUGCUACACAUGGUGCAAACCGACUUCAUUGUGCCGCUUCUGAUCCCACCUGCGGUCGUCCGUCAGUGGCUAGCGUGCAUUGCGCAUAGAAAUUGGGACCCUCUCCUCGUGUGCAAUUGGAUCGCGUCUUACGUGCACACUUGGGUCUUUUCAGAUUCAAAGGCAGGCCUUCCACCAGAUUGGUUCCGCCCCAUGCAUAGUGUGGAACGCAGAUUGCGUCUGAAGUUCUUCAAUAACCGAACGCAGACGAAGGAAGAUUUGGUACUUCCUAACUAUGAUCAUGAUGUUAUUUUACAAAUUCCUUGUUCUCCGAGUACUUGUUCUAGUACAACUGUAGUUGCAUAUACAACAGCAAUUCAUUCAUUUCUGUUUGUUGUAUUGCGACCACUACUACUACUAGAAUUCUUGUGUCAUCGUCAUGACAUCAACCAAGCAGAAACACUAACACAAGAAUCCACGUUCAUUAUAUUAACAGGCACUCCUUGCACAAAAGCAUGCAUCGAUUCGGGUAAACCCCUUUCUGGGUCUUCUUCGGAUCACAGAGGGUCAAGUUUGUCGGGAAACAGGAACGACGAACCCACUGCAAGAACUUUUUCGAGAUACGGCGAUUGCAGAAGUCAAAACAUACUGCAAAGCCUUGACUGAGGCAGCUUUCUCCAGCGGCGCAGGGAAAUCUUGUGAUACUAGAGAUGACAGUAGCUCCUUGGCGCCUCUACACCUGCAGGAGAAGAUGAAGAACAAUGCUGGUGUCGAGAAGAGCGCGAUGUUUUUCAACGACAGGCGAAAGGCUGUGGCCACACCUCAAAGCUUUAGCGGCAGCUACACGGGCAUUGCCGCGUCCUCGAACCUGCAAACUACUGCAGUCGAAUCAUCCAACAGUAGUACAACUAGAGUUGUAGAAACUGCAUCCUUGCUAAAGAGGCGUCCUGGAGGUGGUCGUGGAGGAAACAUGUUGAAGGGCGCACCAGUCCACCUAGAUGAAGAUGUUGACGCUACUAGUGCCAAUGCCAAUCAGUUGAACAUAUUAGAACAGCCUCCUUCAAAUGCUGAAUCGAGCCGAAAUAGAACGCCGGAUGUGAAGAGGAAAGAAGCUGGUAAAAGUGGCAAGGGCACGCCAUCAAACUCUACUCUACUGAAGAAAACAAGGGGUCGUACUCCUAAGGAGGAUGAACUUGUUGAUGAAAAUGACGAUGAAACUGGGCUUGAACCACCAAGCAAGAAACGCGCUAGAAGCCGCGGACCAGCGGAGGCUUCUAGGGCAAGCAGGACUAGAGAUGAGAAGAGUCCUCUUGCUGAAGUACUGGAUCAACCUACUUUGAAGACACCAACACGAGGCGAGAAGAACAAAACCCCUGCACGAGGACGCGGUGCCACACCAAAGCAGAAUACUCCGUCAAGGGCGCGAACGCCGACAGCGAAGAGCGGGGUGAAGAGUAUGAAAAGCUCUUGGACUCCUUCACGCAAAGAGCCAGUGGUCGUGGUGCUAGAUGAUGAAACAGCAGAGGAGCAAGAACCCAAUCAACGAGCAAGGGUGGAAUCUGCAUCUUCUUCGGGUAUGUUUCUUUUACCAAGAUGUACUAGAACAACAACCACAACCACGACGAGAGGACAGGCGGUCCUCGACGAACAUCAAAGCAUGAUCAGCAAUGAUCUCGAGCCGCAUCAUCUACUGAGCGAUGCUAGUAGAGCAUUGUUGGAGAAGAUGCGAGCGCCAGCUGACGCAGUCUUCGAAGACCAUGUUAACAGUCUCGCAGACCUAGCGAUGCACUUGGACUUAGAGGAAGAAGAUGAGAAGAAAAACAGAAACACUAACAUUUCUGGUGCAAGUUCGUCAUCUCAUGAAGAGCAGCCGCCCUUAGAUCAUCAUCAGCAUCUUCUCAAUAAAGUCAAAUCCCUUCUAUUAACCGCACAAACCCACUUGCUGGGUACAGCGCGCUUGAGCUUCCUUGCGGCAUUUUACGAAACCUACUUACCUCAACUUGAGGUGGACAGAAAGCAUCACCUGGGAGACUCGGAAUUUGAGGCUUUCCUGUCCUUGUCAGAAGCAGAAGAAUCGGCUUGGAAGCGUGACGACUUAACUCAUUUCCGGCAGUUGUGUGGUCGGUUCAUUUAUGCUUUUGCAAAUAGUAUACGUAAUGGUGUUUUCUUGUAUACUAACGUACAACAAGUACUACAACUUCGUUUUACAACGCUUGUUUUGCGCACGAGCUAAUCUUGACUACAACUAACUUCUCAUUUUCAGUUGUAGGUAGAAGCGGUCCAUUCUCUAGUUCGACAACAACAUUGCUUCUUCACAUAAGUACUUACUGUCUUACAAAGCAAAUACGCCGUCGAAUCUCCUCCUUCAUACCUCGGGCGGUGCCAACGAGACUGAUAUCGCGAAUUUUACACAGCUCUUUCAAGAGGAAUGCGGUUUGCUAACAGGCGGAACUAGUUGUACUGACUCCGACAUCUCCGCAGCGAAGCAAUUGCGCUGGCUCUUUGAGUCUCCAGAAAUUUGGGAGUCUGGCUCAGCUCAUCAAAGCAUUGAGAACAUUUUGGAUACGACGAAGAUGAGGAUGACGAAUAGCACGACCUCCACUUCUAACCUUUCCAUCACCGCAACCAACACAGUAUCUCCAUACCUACACGAUCGCGCUCCAGGACCAUGUCGGUUGUUCUCCUGCAGUGAGCGAGAAUGGAAACUGUGCGCUUCGAGAGCAUUUGUUAUGAUGAAUAUCAACUUGGCCACAACAACGAAUUAGAAGAAAUAAUUUCCACUUGUUGAGUUGAUGUAGGAGGUAUCUAUAAAUAUCAUAGGUGAAAUAAAAUAAAAGAUUAACAUGUGAAUGUGAUCCUGCACCUAGUCUCUUUAACCUCGAGCUCGAUCAAUACCAGACUGAGCACUCUUCAUCUACUUCCUCCUCGUCCUCUAAUUUUAGCGACUUUGGCUACAGUGUUCGCUUGCUGGAGCUGUGCGGUACUCGUGUGCCAUUGCGCGAACUAAAUCCAGUAAGUUUGGCCCAGCUCUGCUACACGAAUCUCGUACAUGCACCUACGAGGGCGCAAACAAUUUUGAAAUCAGGAAGUUUGGGUCGCGUCUGGUACACACCGGCACCUGAGAUACAGAUGCUUCAAUUAUGGAGACGUGGUUGUUUUUUUCAAAAUGAUGUUCGCUGAUGAUGUAUUGGGUUCUUUUCAUAUUUUUCAGAGUCAAAAAUGUGCGACAUAGCACCAUAAGUAUACAACUAGCUUGCGGCACACCAUUCGGGUGGGCAUCUUUUUCCUCUAACUCAAUACGGUGAUGAAUCAAACAAGCAGGGAGGCGUCUUUGCCGACGACGAUGGCCUUCUGGGUGAUGCAGGGUCACCUGAUAAGCUCGCCGGCGCACACGCCAUCACGAGUGAAGCGGAGGAGGUAGCGACGUCUUAUAAUUUGAUUCGAUGAAAGUAGGAACAUCAGAAAAUAAGCUAACAACAAUCAGCGGAUUAGCUUGCGACUCUGCAAGAUACAUACUGACUUUUUUCUCAAGAAGAGAAAGAGUUUCUUGAAUUCUAAGGCCAAUGAGAAUGUUUGCACCGUAAAAUUUAAAUUACUUCGUCUACUAUGACUUGCUCAGGAUCAAGAUUUCAAUGAAUCCUUCACCAGCUCCUCCAUUCAACAUGAGCACAGACAUGCUAUUAUUGUCCACAUCACCGACUCAACAAACGCCCCCCAGCGCCGCCUGCUCGAGGAGCAAGAGCGCCGUUUGCGAGAGAGGAAUAAGACGCCACAGGGUAAUCGUAAAGGCGGCGUGCUAAAAACCCCACCUCCGAUGAAGCAGACGCCUCAAGCCAUGAAGAAAACUCCACGUCAACAGAAACUAGGUGGUGUCAAAUUUGGGACCAACUCCAAGUUGUCAAUGUGGAAUGCAUAGAAGAUCAUCAUCUUGUACUCAGCAUCAAUAUACUUUUCCUAGUUAGCUUGGCUCCACCAAUAUAAUAUACUACUACAAGAAUAAGAAGUCAAGGACAUGCACCUCACAUUUAAUAGGAAAGCAGAAGCAGGUCUCGGUCUGGUCGUAAUCUUUUGAUCUUGAAGAUGUUGUCUGUUUCUGUUCGUUCCCCUUCCUUAUAAGCUCCUUCGUUGAUGACAUCAGACGGCUCAGAGAAUUUAU